AUGCAGAUUUUCGUCAAAACCUUGACGGGUAAAACAAUAACUUUGGAGGUCGAGCCAUCUGAUACGAUCGAAAACGUAAAAGCAAAAAUUCAGGAUAAAGAAGGAAUUCCACCUGAUCAGCAGAGAUUAAUCUUUGCAGGAAAGCAGCUGGAGGAUGGACGAACUCUUUCCGAUUACAAUAUUCAGAAAGAAAGUACCCUUCAUCUUGUAUUGCGACUGCGCGGAGGCAUGCAGAUUUUCGUAAAGACGCUUACCGGCAAAACGAUUACUUUGGAGGUUGAACCUUCUGAUACCAUAGAGAAUGUUAAGGCUAAGAUUCAAGAUAAGGAAGGGAUUCCACCAGACCAGCAGCGCUUGAUUUUUUUCUUUUGUUGGACUCCUUUUUUGAACCUUCCUUCCAAUGUUUCAGGCAAACAGCUUGAAGAUGGUCGAACACUCUCUGACUACAACAUCCAGAAAGAGAGCACCUUGCAUUUGGUUUUGCGUCUCCGCGGUGGCAUGCAGAUUUUUGUCAAAACCCUUACAGGAAAGACUAUAACUUUGGAGGUAGAGCCAUCAGAUACGAUUGAAAAUGUCAAAGCCAAAAUUCAAGACAAAGAGGGAAUUCCUCCAGAUCAGCAACGACUAAUCUUUGCUGGGAAACAGCUGGAAGAUGGGCGUACGUUGUCCGACUACAAUAUUCAAAAGGAAAGUACCUUGCAUUUGGUGUUGCGACUUCGUGGUGGCAUGCAAAUUUUCGUAAAGACCCUCACAGGCAAAACGAUCACUUUAGAAGUCGAGCCUUCAGAUACCAUUGAAAAUGUUAAAGCAAAGAUUCAGGAUAAAGAAGGAAUUCCACCUGAUCAGCAACGACUUAUUUUUGCUGGUAUUAUUUAUUUUUAUUUUGGAAAAUAUUUUAAAAUUAUAGGAAAGCAGCUGGAAGACGGCAGAACGUUGUCUGAUUAUAACAUUCAGAAGGAGAGCACGUUACAUCUUGUCCUGCGACUUCGUGGGGGCAUGCAGAUAUUCGUCAAAACCCUGACCGGCAAGACGAUUACCCUUGAAGUUGAGCCAUCUGAUACCAUUGAAAACGUGAAAGCCAAGAUUCAAGACAAAGAAGGAAUCCCUCCCGAUCAGCAGCGCUUAAUAUUUGCAGGAAUAACGCUUGUGAGUACAAAGUUUUCUUUUUUAGGGAAACAGUUGGAAGAUGGCAGGACUCUUUCUGAUUACAACAUUCAGAAGGAAAGCACCCUUCAUUUAGUGCUUAGACUAAGGGGAGGAAUGCAAAUUUUUGUCAAGACGCUUACAGGCAAGACAAUUACCUUGGAAGUUGAAGCAUCGGACACGAUUGAAAAUGUUAAGGCGAAGAUUCAGGAUAAAGAAGGGAUUCCUCCGGAUCAACAGAGACUUAUUUUUGCAGGAAAACAACUGGAAGACGGCCGUACUCUGUCGGAUUAUAACAUCCAGAAAGAAAGUACUCUACAUCUCGUUCUGCGUCUUCGUGGUGGAAUGCAAAUAUUCGUUAAAACUCUUACUGGCAAGACUAUAACAUUGGAGGUCGAGCCGUCUGACACAAUCGAAAACGUGAAGGCAAAGAUUCAGGACAAAGAGGGCAUUCCACCUGAUCAACAGCGACUAAUAUUUGCUGGAAAACAGCUGGAAGACGGACGCACUUUGUCAGACUACAAUAUUCAGAAAGAGAGCACUUUACAUCUCGUGCUGCGACUUCGUGGUGGAAUGUAA